UGAUGUCAAUAUUUCAUAGUAAAACAGGACCAGCAAAAAUGGCUUUUUUGUGCAGCCUGUCAUGUGACUAGACAGUAACGCACCUCAUUAGAGCGGGACGACCUUCAUGAUAGAGGCAGACCCACCCACACUCAUAUGCUGAGGUUAAAAAUCACAAAUCACUGUGGACGACUUUAGACGGAGUUGAGAAGUUAACAGGUAACAGCGGGACACCGGAUUGGUGAAUGACAACUGUUUCUAUGACCUAACGGCAUACAGCACACACUAAUGCCUGUGCAGGAGGAAGAGCGUGUUUACUCUGGCUCAUUGCCUCAGCAGUAAUGUUAUCUGAUGUCUUCACAAAGACAAGAGAAGACAUCCAAACAGCCGAACUGAAGUGGCAUCACACCAUAUACAAUACCAAAGUGUCACACAGUUGAAAGAAGUUGUCUGACAUCAGAUAUUUCUUCAACUACUCAUUUCAACCAUGCCUCUGUACAUCCAUGCCUUGGCGUGUGCUUUCGGUCUGGGCUCCUGGGUGUCCAUUAACGGCUUGUGGGUGGAGCUUCCUCUGAUAGUCAACGUUCUGCCGGAGGGUUGGGAUUUGCCGUCGUACCUCACAGUCAUCAUUCAGCUUGCCAACUUAGGCCCUCUGUUGGUGACCCUGGCACACAAAUUCUGUCCCGGCCGACUACGUGAACAUCUGGUCAUCUAUGGGGUCCUGUCUAUCGGUGUUGUAGCUUGUGCCUUACUAGCUGGGUUUUGGAAGAACACCACUGUGAUCCUCGGCCAACCGCGUAGCACAGCAUUUUUCAUCCUUACGUUUUUUCUCGCUCUAGUCGACUGCACCUCAUCCGUCACCUUCCUGCCAUUCAUGAUGCAACUUCCAGCCAAAUACAUCACCACAUACUUCAUAGGAGAAGGUCUGAGCGGGCUGGUUCCAGGCCUGGUGGCUCUGGCGCAAGGAGUUGGCAUGUCAAAAUGCGUCAAUGUGUCUUAUGUGCCAGAUAACCUAACAGAGCCCGAACCUCCAGUCUUCAUCGUGGAGACACAGUACCUCCCUCCCAAUUUCUCCACCGAGAUCUUCUUCUCCUUCCUGGCCGUAAUGACAGCGAUAAGUCUGGGUUCCUUCAUCAUAUUAAAACGUCUGCCUCGCACAUUCGAAUGGUCCACUGAAAAUCUCGUCCCGGACUCAGCUGCUGUCUCAACUGUCUGCCCCAUGGAGGGCCCCAUGGAUCCCAAUCCAAAGACAAACAGUCCAGAGGAAACGGGAAACAAAACACUGCACUCCAGUUAUCAGCUGGCAUUUAUCUAUUUUAUGGUUUUUUGGGUUAACGGUGCAACAAACGGACUGCUGCCCUCAGUGCAGACGUUCUCCUGUAUGCCAUAUGGAAAUAUGGCCUAUCACCUGUCAGCCACUCUGUCGGCGGUAGCCAAUCCGGUGGCCUGCAUCAUUGCCAUGUUCUUCCCCAAACGUUCAUUAGUAUUUCUGGGCAUCCUGUGUCUACUUGGCUCUGGUUUUGGAGGCUACAAUAUGGCCAUGGCUGCCAUGAGUCCCUGCCCUUUACUCCAAGAUACACCUCUAGGGGACGCUCUUAUAGUUUUGUCAUGGGUGUUCUUUACUGGUCUGCUGUCCUAUGUGAAGGUGAUGGUGGGUGUGAUUCUGAGGGACCACAGUCACAGCGCCCUUGUUUGGUGUGGAGCAGCAGUUCAAGCAGGCUCUUUGUUAGGCUCCGUCAUAAUGUUUCCCCUGAUUAACAUCUAUCACCUCUUCCAAUCGGGAGACGUUUGCAACACCAUAUGCCCAUUAUAAUAAAAGUUUAAUAUGACUAACAGGGGAAUAAACUACUACUUACUGAGCUAAUGAUUGUGACAUUACGUUUAAUGAACAUUCGGCACUUCCUUAGAACUGUUUUGAUGCUUUACUCUUGUUUUCACAUUAACUUAACGUUUGUACUUUUUUAUUUCCAUUAUUAUUUAUGAUGUUGUAAGCUCUUGAUAUCUGGAAAAAUCCACAAGUGUUUCAGGAUCGUUUGUGAAUUACUGGUAUAUUUUCUUCCAAUAUUAUUGCUAAAUCUGAUGAUUAGAUCAUUAAAUCAUUUUGUAUUGUAAAUGCUGUCUAUUAAACUAAUGUUUUCUGUUGAAUGAAGGUUCUUACGUAAGUGAAGCACUAUCAGAUUCUGUGGUGUGUUAUCAGUUACCACAGAAAAUAAUUUUGACUUAUCCCUCAAUCAGCGCACACAAUAGUCUAUAAGCUCAUGUGGGUGUAUUGUUCUCUAUGUAAACAGUCCCUCUCUGUUCCUUGUACAUAUGAUGAGCAAGCUUCAUGGUUUAAUGGCUUUAUAUGCUCAUGGCAGGAGUUUUUUUUUUU